UCAGCGGCGGUGGCUGUUUGCUCCGCAGGACGGAUAAAAAGCCCGGGGUGGGACCGCGGCGGCGCGGAGCGGAGUCGGGGGGCGGCCGAGGGUUAGGACUGAUCGAGGCCAUCAUCCCACCCAGCCAUGGCACCCACACUGGCUACGGCCCAUCGCCGGCGCUGGUGGAUGGCAUCCACAGCCAUCAUUGAGAGCCUGCUCUUCUCUGCUGUCCUGCUGGGCUGGGGCUCCCUCCUCAUCAUGCUGAAAGCAGAAGGGUUUUAUUCCUACCUGUGCUACGAGUCGGCAAACACCACCAGCAGCCCUGCCCAGGAGAACAGCACGGAUUCCGAGCACAAAUGGCCCUCCUGCAAUGCCCAGGAUGAGAUGCUCAACUUGGCCUUCACCAUUGGGUCCUUCCUGCUCAGUGCCAUCACGCUCCCGCUGGGAAUUGUCAUGGAUAAGUAUGGACCUCGCAAGCUCCGGCUGCUCGGCAGUGCCUGCUUUGCCGUGUCCUGUGUGCUGAUCGCCUAUGGAGCCAGUAACCCGGACUCUCUGUCUGUGCUGAUAUUCAUUGCGCUGGCUCUGAAUGGCUUUGGGGGGAUGUGUAUGACCUUCACAUCGCUUACGCUGCCCAACAUGUUUGGUGACCUCCGUUCCACGUUCAUUGCCCUGAUGAUUGGCUCCUAUGCUUCCUCUGCUGUGACUUUUCCAGGAAUCAAGGUUAUAUACGACUUUGGGGUCUCCUUCAUCCUCAUUCUGCUGGUCUGGGCAAGCUGUGCAGGAUUAGUUUUCCUCAACUGCUUCUUCAACUGGCCCCUGGAGCCUUUCCCAGGACCAGAAGACAUGGACUAUUCGGUGAAAAUCAAGUUCAGCUGGCUGGGAUUUGACCACAAAAUCACUGGGAAACAGUUCUACAAGCAAGUGACGACCGUGGGGCGCCGGCUCAGCGUGGGGAGCUCCAUGAAGGGCCCCAAGGAGCCGACAGCCUUGCAGGAGAACAACAAGCUCUGCCUGUCCACAGUGGACCUGGAAGUGAAGUGCCAGCCUGACAAUGCAGCUUCUCCCUCCUUCAUGAAGAGUGUCUUCAGUCCUAUCUUGUUGCUCAGCCUCAUCACCAUGUGUGUCACUCAGCUGCGGCUCAUCUUCUACAUGGGAGCCAUGAACACCAUCCUUGAGUUUCUGUCUGGAGAUAAAGAUCAAGUGGCUCUCUACACUUCCAUCUUUGGGGUAUUGCAACUGCUGUGCCUGCUGACAGCGCCUGUGAUCGGGUACAUCAUGGACUGGAGGCUGAAAGAGUGCGAUGAUGGCUCAGAAGAGACCGAGGAGAGCAACGCUGAGCAAAGUGACAAGAAAAAGAAGAAGCGUGACCGUCAGAUCCAGAAAAUCACCAAUGCCACCAAUGCCUUUGCAUUCACAAACGUCCUCCUGGUUGGAUUUGGAAUCACCUGUCUUAUUCCCAAUCUACCCCUGCAGAUUCUUUCCUUCAUUUUGCACACCAUUGUGAGAGGAUUCAUCCACUCGGCUGUGGGAGGCCUCUACGCAGCUGUAUACCCCUCUACCCAGUUUGGCAGCUUGACAGGGUUGCAGUCGUUGAUCAGUGCCCUCUUCGCCCUUCUGCAGCAGCCUCUUUUCAUGGCAUUGACGGGACCUUUGGAAGGAGACCCCCUCUGGGUGAAUGUCGGCUUGCUUGGUGUGAGCUUCUUGGGUUUCUGCCUUCCAAUCUACCUGGUGUGCUACAGGCGCAGGCUAGAGAGGGAAAAAAAGCAGAAGAUGGAGGAUGCCAAACUCUUCUUCAAAAUCAACGGCACUCCCAAUGAGGAAGCCUUUGUUUAAACUCUUGCUUCAAAUACAACCUCCCCUGUACAGGUUCCUACCACGUCCGUGGGUUCUACCUGUGGUGUAAGCCAGGUUGUUUCUCCCCUGGCUCUGCCAGUCUUUGCCCAUCACUGGAGUGAGGGCCGGACCUCAUGACUGUGCUUUCCUCAGACACGUGGCAGGAGGAGACUUCCCACUCCUUAUUCCAGAACACGGGUCUCUUUCCCUUUUUAUAAAGGCCACACAGAUACUGUGUCUUAAACCAUCCCCUGAUCACACUCUCCAGUGGCAGAGCCUCUGCAUAGGAAACUUGGGAGAGAAGGAACAGAGGGAUGGGGGAAGAGGGAAGAAAGACCCUAACUUGAGUUUGCAAAGGUAACACACUGAAGUCUGUUUUCUCCUCCUCUUCCCCCAACCUUGGCUGUGACAUUGUCUCGGAUGCAAGCUGCACGUUCCUCCCUCCCUGAGGCUUCAUAGUGGUCUCUCUGCUUGAUAUGUAGUUGGACCCAGUGGUUUUAUUGCCUAUCCAGACAUACCCUGGACUGGUCCUGAGGCAGGGAAGGGGAUUUUAUUCCUACGUGUGUGAGCACAGCUUCAGUGUAUUGCUAAAUGUUGGCUGCUAGCACUGACAGCUCCCAAACCUUUUAUUACUGCAAAUGACACAGACUUGUGAGCAAUGGAUCUGCCUUCCACACUGAAGAGCCUAGCGUACUGCUUGGUCCUAGAUCAAGCUUUCAAAGGCCUGGAACGACUCCUCUUCCUGGCCCAUAAACCACCUGUACGUGUUUUAAACUGUCUGCAGUCCUGGAACCUUUGAGAUAGGAAUUGGGUCUCAUUUACCGAUGAAGUGCUUUGGGACUUGUUGCCUUUUGCCUCUUCUUCCUUCCACCGUGACCCUGGGAGGGGAGCAGCAGCAUGUACUAAAGGUGGAAAAGGUUCUUGAAGCUGAGCUCUGGGGCUCCAAAUACCUUGGUGUUCACAUGUUGUGAGCUGACUUGCUGUUGAAAAGAACCAAUGAGUGCAGAACACUCCUUUGUGUGUGGUAACUGGAUCCUGUGGACAUAUGGGUGAUGUGGCGAAGUAAUUCUUCCUCCAGCCAUAGCUUAUUUACACCAUUCUGGUAACAGCCCCCAAGCUGCUGAACACCAGGUUACUGCGACUGACCAAAAAGCUGCCGGUUUGGCUGUAUUAAGAACCUUCUACAACGCUGAUGCUCUGUCUGGACAGAGUACAUGGUGAUGGAUUGUAUGCUGAAGCUGACUUAGAGCAAUACGUGUGGGUAAAGGUGCCCCCAGGUCUGUUCACCAUGGAGGGAAUAUAAAGGGAAUUUUUAACCUGCUUAUUUUUAUAGAGGUUUUCCUAAGUCUUGUCUAAAUUUGAUGUUUCUGCCCUUAACCUUUCUGUUGAGGUUGGUAGCUCAGCCUCUAUGGCAUUGUGACUAGCAUUAACCAGUGCACCAUUUGGACCUGCUCGGAGCAGAAAGGUGCAGUGUUGAGGGUGGCUAUUGCCAGUGGACAUGCAGCACCAAAUGCAGUGGGCUGAGCUAAUGGCUGUCGGGAGGGUUGGGAGCAGAAACCAAACAGUUCUGAAGAUGCAGUGGUGGUGCUUUCUGAACUGCUGACCCCUGUGGUACUGCAAAGCCUGGCAGGGGGUAAAUCAUUCAACUGCUUUAUGUCUGGUUGGGAAAGUCUGAGAGUCAAUCGCUGCCCUGUUAGUGCUGGAGAUUGGAAACAACAGCGCGCUCAGACCUUCCUUUGGGAAAUGACCUGGAAACUGGGUGUUAACCCCGUUACAGAAGGCUUGGAGCAUGCAGGUGCUCAGCCCAGCCAGGUCUUCACCCUUCCUACAGAAGGCUGGUGACCUCUUGGGCAGGACGGCUGGAAACCCUGCCAGCAGAGGAGGAGGAGGAGGAGGCAGCUUUUGUGGGGCAGCAGCGCCAUCUCCAGCCAGGCUCCUGCGGGCAGCUCAGACGGUUCUCCACCCCGUGGUACCUCUUAGUCUGCAGUCACUCCUUUGGAAAUAGCUCACUACUUGAGUAUUUUACACGUUUGUGGGUUUGUUUUUUUAAUGUGUUGCUUUUAUUAAAUGUGUUUGUUCCAAGACAGCCUUGCUGCCUGCUGUCAACACUUCA